UGUAAAUUGACAACACUGGAGUGAACUGACACUUAUCAUUCAUUUACAGCCAACUUCAAGCAAAUUUCUUGCUGUCAAGAAUUCGUGGUUGCAUCACAAUUUUGUGAAAAGUUUAUUUUCGAAACAUAAAAUUGAAAAUGGCCUUCAGAAACAUUUUGAGCAACUUGAUUGCCAUGCCUGUAGUCCGUGCUGAUGAUGAAGAGGAGUUGGUUGAUCCACAAACUACUUUAAGGGAACAAUGCCAAUCUAAGGGUAACAUUGAAGCUCUUUACAAUAAAUAUCAGGCAUGCAACGACCGUGUCAACAGCCGCUCAAAGACCACAGAAACCUGCAUGGAAGAACUUUUUGACUAUGUCACUGAAUUGGAUCAUUGUGUAGCUCAUAGUCUUUUCUCUAAGCUAAAGUAAAAUAGAUAAAUUAAGCUUUAAAAUUUCAAUGGAUUGGUGAUAGAUAAGUGGCAACGCUUAUUCGACCGGUUAAAUUUCUUUUCAUGUUCUGGACUAUCAGCUUAUGCUUUAGUUCCAAUUAGAUCUACAAAAUAAAGUUACAAAGCUUAAA